UACCCGAGACCGUGACUACCGUGGUUACCUAGGCGGAAUCGGUUGCCCGUCACGUGCAUCACACUGAUCUGACAUUGUUAACUUUCUGUUCUCAAGAAUCUUGUCGUUGUACGUGUUAAUUAGUACUGUAAUACUGAAACUUUGUCUUGUCUUCUUGGAGUUUCAGAUUCCGUGAAUCUUGCCACUGGCGGAGCUAGGACAGAUGUUUUGGGGGGGGCCAAACACAAUAUAUGGAUGAUUGGGGGGGCCAAAAGACUAUAUUUUCCCUAAUCUAACCUCCCUCAAAAAAUUCUCCAUGUACUUGUACAAAGACUGGGGGGCCAUGGCCCCUGCAGCGGUCAACAUAGCUCCGCCGCUGUCUUGCCCACACUGAUAACAUCUCUCGUUGCCCCUCUCUUCAUUUCUGUGCAACCCCAACCAGCUGCUGGUAGGUGGAUCUAGUCUCAUCUUCUGGCGCCUCUCCUCUACUUGGAUGCUAAUUGCUAGCGGCAUCCUUUACCUAUCUUCCAGCACUUGAUCCCUAGCUACACCGAAGACCACACAAGAAAGAAGAAACACCUACCCAAGGGGAAGGAAGAGAGAGGUAUAAUGACGGACCGGCUGGUAGUUGCACUAUCCAAAUCGGUGGUGGUGGGAGCGAUCACCAAGGUCCAGUCAGCGAUUGACGAGGAUGCUAGGCUGCAGCAAAAGGUGAAGCGUGACCUUGUGUCCAUCACUUUGGAGUUGGAGAUGAUGCAGUCCUUCCUGGACGACGCCAACGAGGAGAUGAAGAGCAAUGUGGUGAGGACCUGGGUGAAGCAUAUUCGCCAGCUCGCCUACGAUGUUGAAGACUGCGUUGAAAAUGUUGUUCAGCUGGACGACAAGCCAAUCUUUUGGCGCCGGUUGCUCCCAUCCUGGAUGGCACCCCCGCUGCCACUGGACCUGGCCGUAGAGGAGUUAGAGCAGCUCAAGGGUAGGGUGGAGGACGUCAACAACUGCUACAGGCGCUACAGCCUCAUCAACGUCGACUCUGCUACAGCCUCGUCCAACCCGAUGCACGGCACAACUGCAUAUGAGAUGCUGCUGGCGGAUGAAGGGCACACCGCCAAGAGGCAGCACAACCACUCAGGUGAUCUCACCAGCCAUAUAAUCACAAACAAAGUACACAAGCAGCUUCAAGUGAUCUCCGUGUGGGGUUCAGGCGGCGAUGUUGGGACGACAUCCAUCAUCAGAGAGACCUACAAUGAUCCAGAAAUCUGCCACUACUUCACCUGCCGCGCGUGGGUGAAGCUGGUGCAUCCCUUCAGUCCCCACGACUUCAUCCGGAGUCUUGUGGCUCAGUUCUAUGCAAACUCUUGCAAAGAAGAAAAUGCUGCAGCCGGAGUCCUCUCGAGGAUGGAUGCCACCCAGGCACAUCUUUUCGAGGAGUUCAAGCAGCUAGUCAGAGAGAAGAGGUACCUCGUCGUUGUGGAAGGCCUCUCAAACAUGGUAGAGUGGGAUGCCAUCAGCACAUUUCUUCCUCAUAGGGAGGAUGGAGGCUGCAUCAUUGUGUCCACGCAGCAACGUGAAAUAGCAAGCUUGUGCAUCGGCCAUCCUUACCAGAUAUUGGAGUUGAAACGGUUCUCGCCUCAACAUUCUGUUCGUGCCUUCUUCAAGGAACCCAGGGUGCUUAAAGCAAGCCAAAAGGAAGAAGCGAAAGAGUGGAUGAGACAUCAGCCCGUUGUUGGACGCGAAUCACAAAUACGAGAACUUACCAAGUAUGUGGGUGAAGCACAUUCCAACUCUUCCCACGUGGUGUCCGUAUGGGGAAUGACUGGUGUUGGGAAAUCAUCUCUUGUCAGACACUUCUACUUUUACACGAUUCUUGAUGGCAAUCAAUUUGAGCAGUUCACUUGGGUGGAUUUGUCCUAUCCAUUCAAUUUAAGGGGUUUCCUUCGGAGUUUACUUUCAGAUUUUCACUCAGAAAAAGACCCCAUUCAAGAGUGUCGCCAGCUUCUGCAACAACAUAAGUGCCUCGUUGUCAUUGAUGGUCUCCAGUCUAAAGAAGAAUGGGACUUGAUACAAGCAGCAGUGGUAUCUGGAGCUUCUAAAAGCGUUAUCGUUGUGAUUACGACUGAAGCAAGCAUUGCUGCGUACUGCACAGAAAAUAAGGAGCUCAUGUUGAAUGUUCAAGGUUUACAACCUCUUGCAGCCUUUUAUUUCUUCAAAAGGGAGGUAUGUAUACCAGUAGUCAGUGUAUUUCAACUAAGAGAGUUUCUAAUCUAA